GAUAUGGCAGAGGUAUUCAACUUUUCUAAAUGCAGAGAUGUAUUCAUCUAAAAUAAAACAGAUUUUUCUAUGCAAACCAACAGAAAUGGGAAAAAAAAAUUGAUGGAUGAUUGUGUUAUCUUGUAAAAUGUUUGUGUUCCAGGGUUACAUUUAACACUGUUGGAGUAAGCUGAAUCAGAGACAUUUCAUAUAUAGUAGUGCUUUUGAUGCAACUUGUCGGUAACCAUAGAUGAUUGUAAAAUUAUUAUUACUGAUACUGCUUUACUAGACUGAUCAGCCUUAAUGCAGCUUGUUGGGGACUCUUUUUUAAUUUUUUUAAUGAAAUAAUGAAUUACUAUAAACCAAACUUUUAUAAAGCCUUUGAUGAGCACCAUGUCAUGAAUCUGUUAAAAGAUCAUAUACUGUAUCAUGAUUCAUAAAUGCGUAGACCCUGACGCACGGUACGUACUGUGCGCAGCUGUAGUAGAUCUACAGAUCAUGUGGAGUUGCAAUUUUGGACGCAGUGAGGCCGACCCAGCAGCACUGAAAUCAGAUGGGCUUGGCUGGAAUACUUCACCUACCGACAAUAAGUCAAUACUUGGCGUUCAUAACUUUAUAGUCAAAUAUGAAGGCAGCUUUAUAAAUUUUUCCCACCUGAGCAUCUGCUGAGGACGUUUCAAGAAGUAUCCCAGUGUUCAGUAUGGCAGGCUGUGGAGGAGUGGACUGUUCAAUGGAUGCUUUGGCUCCUUCCAAGCUGAUGGAGGAAGUGGGAGAUAGUUGUGCUGCAGACCCUUCCAGCUCCUCCAUCGUCAACCCGGAGUGUUCCAUCUGCCUGCAGAGCUGCGUCCACCCUGUACGUCUCCCAUGCUUCCAUGUCUUCUGCUACCUGUGUGUCAAAGGUGCCUCCUGGCAGAGUAAACGCUGUGCUCUCUGCCGACAGGAAGUCCCAGAAGACUUUCUGGAGCGGCCAGUUCUGCUCUCACCUGAAGAACUGAAAGCAGCAGUUUCAGGGGUGAGCCAGGCUGGGGGCGGCUCCUGUGGAGACUAUGCGUGGUACUAUGAGGGACGCAACGGCUGGUGGCAGUAUGAUGAGAGGACCAGUCGUGAGUUGGAGGAGGCUUUCGCUAAGGACAGGAAGAGCACAGAGAUGCUAAUUGCGGGGUUUCUUUAUGUGGCAGACCUGGAGAACAUGGUGCAAUAUCGCCGGAAUGAGCAUGGCCGCAGACGCAAGAUAAAGCGGGACAUUGUAGAUAUCCCCAAGAAGGGAGUUGCAGGACUAAGGUUAGACCCCGAACCUGCCCCCAUUGCUACUGUACCAGUUGUCCCCCCAGCUGCAACAGAACGCAUCAGCUCAGCUGAUGGAUCGGACACUGAUGGCCCAUCACAGUCUUCUUCCUUUGGGAUUAUGGCAUCUAUUCCUCCUGUUAGACCUCCAACACACCUGGGGUGCCAUCUUACCAGUCCCCUUCUUGCCUCAUUACCAAGCGUGGAAGAGUCUUUAUCCCAGCUCCUUAUCAGCCAGCCAGAGGGUGAAGACGUGGAAGGAGAUGAUGAGCUACAGGUAUAUGAGUAUGCAUCCGGCAAUAGUGACAGUGAGGAAGAAAGGGAGUGCGAGAGAGCAGAAUCUAUACCUAGACAUAGGCAAAGACCGCUAAGAGAGAACCAGCCAGCCAGGAUGCCUCCGAGGGGGGGGCCUUCGAGCUCUGCAAUCAGUCUGCGAUCACGUAGUCCUGAUGGACAGUGCACUGUCACAGAGGUGUGACUGGUUUCUGUAAACUUCUCUCUGAAACUUUUAUCAGGUUGGCAAAACAAAUCUCAAAACUAAUAUGCAUCAUUAAGGGUCCCAAGAAUGAAGACACUUUAUUGUGUUGUGAUUUGUGUUAUUGGGUGUAUUUUGCCCCAUCAAUCGCGUGCCAAAUAAAAUAUGAAAUGUAUUUUACUUUAUAACAAAACAUUAUUUGGUUAUUGAAAAUUACUUCAUCCAAUUGAUUGUAAUAUUAGUUUUCCCUGCAGGUCUAUAGAGGUAACUAGCAGUAGCAGCAAUAACAUAGUUCACAGCAGUGUUCUUAGAUAAAAAAACAACCUUAACAGCUCUCUUCAUUACCUAACAUCUGGGAUAAACCCAUGCCCACCUUUUUAUUGUUUAACAUUUUGUAUUCAAAUAGACAGCUAGCCAAACAGAAGUUAUUAGUUAUAAACUGUGUACUUUGCCUAUGCCGAUUAACUGCUGGUUUACCGGAAUAUGAACACUACAUCUACUUCAGUCAUUUAUUUAAAAACAUCAGAAUCAUCAAAAUGGAGUCCUUUAGACUCAGCGAUCUGGCAAUAUUCUGGGCUGGACAUGUGAUUUGAGAAUGUGCUACAUGCAGAAUGUUGUACAUUUAUUGAAUUCCUUUUUAAUGGGAUGCUGUCAAACGAUCUGUAUUUGUGAAGGGCGGGAGUGCGGCUGAAUGCCGUGAAAUUUCAUUACAAUUCAAUGAAAUAAGCAUACCUCUUUCUAUGUGCGUUUCCCCCAUGGUUUCGACCCAAAUAAGUUCACUGUUAAAAUAUUUGUAUUAGUUUUUACUGUGCAAGCUUAACCCUUAUGACAGCUUAUAGCCAUUUCAAGAGACCUUUCACACAUGACUAAAAGCCUCUUGUCAAAGGACUUCCAACGCUAGUUUCAGACAGCAAUAUACUGUAUACUGGCAGUUACACUCUCCUCAACAUGUUAUAAUGAAGCAUGACAGACUUGUUUUAGGGAUAAAAAGGGGUGAUUAACUUUGGCAACUUUUUGAUCAAUGUUGUCCAAAAACUACCAUCUGUCACUGCCUUUACAUCAGUUUGUGAAAUGUAACACAUGUGUCUUUUUUUUCUCUGAUCAUUUGAUUUCAUGGUUGAUUGAUAUUUGUUUCAUGUUAUUUUUCUUUCUCUUUGUGAUGAUGUGAACAUCUUAAAUGUAGCCGCUUACAGUUACAGAGGCUUAAAACUGCCUUUUCCUUAUUUUAUUAGUAUAAACAGAUUCAUAUUUAAACUGGAGUUUGCUGUGUGUAUAUGUUAAAGACCGUAUUCCCCCUAUUUUAGUGUGAAAGUCUUGUUUGAGUUAUGACAUCUGUGUUGUUGUGAGAGGGGUUGGGUGCUGAAAAGCUACUGGCAAAACCACUGGAAAGUCUUCAGCUAUAUAUGUAGAGAGACACGUUUGGAUUUCUAUUUCUCGUCAUAGUACUCUGGAUAGGGCCACUAUCAGAGCGCUGGCACUGACAUGUUCUUGGAUGGUCUUUAGCUGUCCUCACUCCCUCUGAUUCUUCCCUUUCUGCCUCAGCUGCUAUUAUUUUAACUGUCAACUUUUCACUGUUUGUGUCUCACUGUCUGAAUGACCCAAUAGAAACUUCCAUCCUUGUGCUGUUUUGUGAAGUUAUUAAAUAUAUAUCAUUUAAAAUCA